AUGAACUAUCUGCGGUCCAAGGAAGAGGAAGGUGUGCUCAAAAUCAUGGAUUGGCCGUCGCAAUCCCCUGAUGUCAACCCGAUCGAAUUAUUAUGGGAUGAGUUCGACCGGCAGGUGAAGAACAUGCACGUGACCAGUGAAAAACAGUUGUUCGACAGUCUAAAAGUGUGUUGGGAGAGUAUCGCGACUGAAACACUUCAAAAAUUGGUCAGAAGGCUUCCAAGAAUAUGCGCUGCAAUCAUCAAAGCACGACGUGGACACAUUGAUGAAAAAAACCUAAUUUGA